CCUGUGGGAGGGCUGUUGUGUGUUUGCUGGAAGAUUCUUCCGCAUUUUCCUGUGACCGAGCCUCUCAUUCUUUCCCCACACACACACUCUCUGGACUCCGCCCUGAGACGCUCUGGUGAAUCAGCAAAUCCAGUCCUGUCGCAGCUUCUGUGGUUCUGACCCUCUGGCUCACUCCGGACUCCAGCCUCUGUAGUUCUGACCCUCUGGCUCACUCCGGACUCCAGCCUCUGUAGUUCUGACCCUCUGGCUCACUCCGGACUCCAGCCUCUGUAGUUCUGACCCUCUGGCUCACUCCGGACUCCAGCCUCUGUGGUUCUGACCCUCUGGCUCACUCCGGACUCCAGCCUCUGUGGUUCUGACCCUCUGGCCUGACUCCGGACUCCAGCCUCUGUGGUUCUGACCCUCUGGCCUCACUCCGGACUCCAGCCUCUGUGGUUCUGACCCUCUGGCCUGACUCCGGACUCCAGCCUCUGUGGUUCUGACCCUCUGGCCUGACUCCGGACUCCAGCCUCUGUGGUUCUGACCCUCUGGCCUGACUCCGGACUCCAGCCUCUGUGGUUCUGACCCUCUGGCCUCACUCCGGACUCCAGCCUCUGCGGUUCUGACCCUCUGGCCUGACUCCGGACUCCAGCCUCUGCGGUUCUGACCCUCUGGCCUGACUCCGGACUCCAGCCUCUGUGGUUCUGACCCUCUGGCCUGACUCCGGACUCCAGCUUCUGUGGUUCUGACCCUCUGGCCUGACUCCGGACUCCAGCCUCUGUGGUUCUGACCCUCUGGCCUGACUCCGGACUCCGGACCCUCCCUCUAUCCGGACCCAGGCGGCAAAGCGGCUCGCUCGUAAUGUGGAACCCGCCAGGUCCACCCUGCCCAGUUCCCGGAGGGCCCUUCCCUCCCCCCCCACCGGGAGGGCAACCGGCCUACCCGCCACCGGGGCCUUACCCCGGCCCUCAGUCCGGGCCUUACCCCGGCCCUCAGUCCGGGCCUUACCCCGGCCCUCAGUCCGGGCCUUACCCCGGCCCUCAGUCCGGGCCUUACCCCGGCCCUCAGUCCGGGCCUUACCCCGGCCCCUUCCCCGGAACCCACCACGGGAUCGGCCCUGGGCCUGGGCAUCCUGCCUUCCCCCCCUCCUGCCAGCCCGGUUUCCCGCCGCCGCCCUACCCUCCGGGAGUGCCGGGUGGGUACCCAGGAGGUCAUCACAAGAAGCACGGCAAGAAGGAGAAGAAGGCCCACAAGCACGGGAAACACGACAAGCACGGGAAGCACAAGCACUCCUCGUCCUCCUCCUCGUCCUCCAGCAGCAGCGAUUCGGACUGAAGACUGCGGGAGCCUGCGCGCCCCUCUCUCUUUCCGCCCCCCCCCAAACCCUACCCCGCACCCUACCUCGGCGAAAUGAUCGAACGGAAAUCCUCGCUGCUACCCCGUUGGAGACGUCGUUGUUUUGGUGGGGGGGUGGAGAGCGCCGCCCGUGUGCAGUGAUUGGCACAGCCGGAAGCAGCUGCAUCAAGAUUUCCAAUGACCCCUGCUCCGGCCCGGAGACCGGACACCGGAGCUCUUCCUGAGGCCUGUUCCCGGAAAAUCCAGCUGGUUGUCCCGGUCUGACGUUGCUCCGACGUUUAGAUGUAUCUAUGUGACUUUUGUUCCACGAGGAAAAGAACGCUUGUCUCUCUCUCUCUCUCUUCUGGUGGUGGUGUUGGUGGUGAGGUUGGUGUUGGUGGUGUUGGUGAGGUUGGUGGUGGUGGUGUUGGUGAGGUUGGUGGUGGUGGUGUUG